CGAAAGAAAACAUCUUCCGUCAAUUUUCAAAUUCUCUUUGAGACUCAAAUUUUCGUCAAAAUUCUUUUCACAACAUAUUGCAUGAAAAUAUGAUCAAAUAUUCAAAAUUUCAUAACAACAAUUAAGAACGAAGCCACCGCAAAUACUACACUUAAUCAAGACAAUCUGAACGUACGUAAUUAUUUCGUUAAUUAAAAUUUUCUGGUGUGUGGACUCUGAAUGGCCCAAGCAAACCUCGAUGGCCUUUGUAAUGCCUUGUGUACAACAGAGGAUCCAGUGCCUGCGUAUCCACUUGUAGCGCGUACAGUAAAAAAGAACUCUUUACCAGCCUGUGAUGCCUUUGGACCAUUUCCAGACGAAACCAUUGUUUCGAGUUUGGAUCGUGCGCUUUACUUGAUGGGCGCACGACGUGUGCAGGAGUUUCUGCAUUUGCCGACUCCAUCACUCGAUUCGAGCAACAGUGAUAUUUCGGUAACCGUCUCACAAGUAUCUUGUCCGGAGUCGCAUCGGCCGUGUCGCAAGUGCAAUACCAUCAUCACGACGGAUACCAAAGACAAAACCAAGUUGCCGAGUUGCUUGAAAGUAACCAAAACCUGCACUUGUCCCAAGUGUCGUGCCAGCACUGCGAAAACCAUGACUCUUUCUAGGAAACCUUGUUGUUGUUGCUGUAGCAUUGCGUCGACACAUUCGUCGAAAAGUAGUCUAUCAUCGCAUGUGCAAAUAUGUGAACCGCCCAAGACCGCGAAUCCUUUGAAACGUUCCUUUUCGAUGUGUUCACUCGCCUGCCGAAAAUUGAAGCAAAUGCUUACUUUCCCACCAAAGGAUGGCGAGAAGUCGCGCUGGCUGUGGGCACGUCUACAGUCCACUGAUAAUGGCUGUCAAGUGUAUGAGAUAUUUAAAAAUUCCAGUGUGUGCACACAUCCUUCGGAGUUCGAGAAGAAGCGUACGCCACAAGUGAUUUUUGUUAUGUUGCAAAAUGGCAAUAUUAUGCCGUUUGAAAUUUUAUCCGCUCACUAGUUUCCAGAGAGAGAGAGAGAGGCAAAAAAAUAAAAGAUAAUUAGGGAGCAAAUACAGGCAGAGGUAUGGAGAGAAGAUUGGGAGCAAUGGAGCAUGAGAGGUGAGCAAGUGCAGCUCUGUGGUUUUCACGACAAUGUGUUUUAGAAUGUGAAAUAAACUAAAAAAAUUAAUAUGUAUGUAUAAAUAAAA